GUUGCGCCGAGUCGGUGAGAGUGCCAAUCACCAGCGGCCGUUCUCCCACGACCACCACCCCGACCGCCCCAGCGUCCAGCUCUGCCCCGCACCGCCGUGUCAUGCGAGCAGACGCCGCGUCUCUCUUGAUAGUCUGACCAGCACCGCCACUCCCCCCCGCGCCCCCUCCAGCGCCCGUCGCACCGCCGCACGCCGUCGAGCCUCGAGAUCGUGCCUGAGCACCCGCCCGCCAUGUCCGCCCCGGACCCCAAGUCGCAGUCAGAGCCCCAGCUGGGCGUCUCCGCCCUGUCCACCGACCCGACGCCCGGCGACUCGACGCACUCCCACCCCGCACCGACCUCCACGCCGGGCCUUUCGCGCUCCAACUCCAUCUCCAACAGCUCUUACCACGAUGACUCGGAAGAUGAGGCCGCCUUCUUCCCCCCGGUCGAGCGCCUGACCAUGUUCGACUUCAUCGAGAACAUGGCCCUUGCCCAGCGCUUCGACAAGCUGCAGGCCUCCAUCACCUCGCAGACGGAGAAGCUGAAGAACCAGGCCAAGAACAGGGGCAUCACCCGCGACCGCGUCGUCGACGAGUGGCGACGGAGAGUGCCCACCGAGGGCGAGCAGCUCGAGCGGUACAGGAAGCGCAUGCGCAAGUCUGUCGACCGCCUCAACUCACGCUUCAACGAGUCGCUGACCGUCACCGCGCGCGAGAAGGCCUCCUUCAUCGCUGCCACCAUGAACAUCUUCGUUUCGGGCUACCUGGUCGGCCUGCACCCUUACUACUUCCCCCACUGGUACACCGCCCAGCUGCUAUACUUCAUGCCUGUCCGCUACUACACCUACCACAAGAAGGGCUACCACUACUUCCUGGCCGACUUGUGCUACUUUGUCAACAUUCUCGCCGUCCUGAGCAUCUGGGUGUUCCCGCAGUCGAAGCGCCUGUUCAUCUCCACCUACUGCCUGAUCAUGGGCAACAACGCUAUUGCCAUCAUCAUGUGGCGUAACUCGCUCGUGUUCCACUCCAUGGACAAGGUCGUCAGUCUAUUCAUCCACAUCAUGCCGUGCGUAACGCUUCACUGCAUUGUACAUCUGCUCACGCCCGAGUACCAAAAGGAGCAGUAUCCCGCCAUCUACAACAUCCGCCACUCUGACCCCUCCUCCCCACACCAUUACAGUCUGUUACAAAUGAUGAUGUGGGCUACAAUUCCCUAUGCCGUUUGGCAGCUCGCGUACCAUUUUCUAAUCACAGUCCGCCGUCGCGAUAAGAUUGCUGCUGGACGCCCUACAAGCUUCACGUGGCUACGCAAGUCCUAUGCCAAGACCUGGAUCGGCAAAUUUGUCCUUUCUCUGCCAGACUUCCUCCAGGAACCGGCCUUCAUGGGCAUUCAAUAUUCGUAUGCUGUCCUUACCAUGUUGCCAGCGCCACUCUGGUUCUGGUACCGCUGGGCAAGUGGCGGCUUUCUGAUCGUCGUCUUUAUUUGGAGUGUGUACAAUGGUGCAACCUUCUACAUCGAUGUGUUCGGCAACCAAUUCAAGAAGGAACUGGACGCACUAAAGGCAGAUAUCGCCAAGUGGCAAGCAUCCCCUGAGGGCGGUUACACCCCGUUCACGCCACAUGAGGGAGGGUCAGAGAAGCAGCUCGGACACAUCCCUCCCCUGGAUGGCAGCACUGCCAUCAAGCCUGUCAAUGGAGAAGUUGAGAAAAGGAAGUAGUCAAUUGUGGGUGAAGAAUAUGCGUUGUUUUCUUGCGCUUCUCCCAUCGCGGUAUCUACUUUGUGUUCAAUCCUGUGUCUCUCUGCUAUGUUUGAGCAUCUUCACGGCCCGCUAGAUAUACCCUUUUCCUUCGUUUGGCAUAUGUCCCCAUCUAGCGCUAAUACACGCUCGCAUUCAAUCUUACUUCUACAAGUUGGAACCCGCCACAUAAUCACGUGUCUCCACACCGUCACUGACAUGUGCAGAGUCCUCCG